AUGCCUCCAUCAAACCCCCAACGGCAACGAACCGUCGGCGUCUCCCUCAAAAUGUACUUCACCCUCUCCCAAACCGCCUCCUACAUCGCGGCCUGCGCCCCCCUAGGACCCCUCGCCCUCACCCUCAACGUCGACCUCUUCAUCAUCCCAGACUUCCUCUCCCUAACAGCAAGCAGCACCGCUCUCCGCCUAGAAGCACCCACCAUCCGGCUCGGCGCCCAAGACUGCUUCUGGGAAGACAGCGGCGCCUUCACGGGCGAAGUGUCGCCUGCUGUGCUGAAGAGUCUAGGGUGUUCGCUUGUGGAGCUGGGUCAUGCGGAGAGGCGGCGGUUGUUUGGGGAGAAUGACGAGUUGGUGGCGAGGAAGGCCAGGGCGGCGGAGAGGAAUGGAUUGAUGCCUUUGGUGUGUAUUGGGGAGGAGAGGAAUGGGUCCGUUGAGGAGGCUGUGAGGGAGUGUAGGCCGCAGAUUGAGUCUGUACUUGAGGUUACGAGUGAGGAGGUUAUCUUUGCUUACGAGCCUGUUUGGGCUAUUGGCCAGCCGGCACCUGCUGCACCGGAACAUAUCAAUGCGGUUGUGGGUGAGUUGAGGGGGAUCUGUGGGGAAAGGAAAGUUAGGUUUUUGUAUGGGGGAAGUGCUGGACCGGGGACUUUUGAGAAGAUCAAGGGAAGUGUUGAUGGAUUGUUCCUGGGAAGGUUUGCGCAUGAUCCAGAGAGAUUUGCUCAGGUGGUACGUGAGGUUGGCGCUUGA